UACUUUCAGUUUCAUUUCUUUGUUUGCGACAGUUGGUUUUGUCCAGUUUGACAUAUUUUUCAGCGUUGGAAAGACUUGGAAAAUUUUUUAUCAUGAAAACGGUUUUUUCCGUAGUUGCUUUCUGCGUCGUGUUGGUGACCAUAAACGCAAGAGAAUCUCCCCCCAAGGUGCAGGUGUACAGCCGUAACCCAGGGCAACAUGGGAAGGACAACACCCUGAUCUGUCACGUGAGUGGCUUCCACCCCCCUGACAUCAGCAUCCAGCUCCUGAAGAACGGCAUGGAGAUCCCCGACGCCAAGCAGACAGACCUGGCCUUCGAACAGGGAUGGCAGUUCCACCUCACCAAGAGUGUUGGAUUCACACCAGCCAGCGGAGAGGAGUACACCUGCAGAGUCCGUCACCUGAAGAAUCUGAAGACCUACACCUGGGAAUCAGAUAUGUAAGGCUUCGGUGUUCAUCGCUGCAGAAUACACCAGCCUCCGAGAAUCUCCACUCCUGAUAUUCCUGGGAAUCAUCUCCACAACACUGUCCUGUCAAAAUCAUCUCCACGACACUGUCCUGUCAAAAUCAUCUCCACGACACUGUCCUGUCAAAAUCAUCUCCACGACACUGUCCUGUCAAAACUCAUCUCCACGACACUGUCCUGUCAAAAUCAUCUCCACAACACUGUCCUGUCAAAACUCAUCUCCACAACACUGUCCUGUCAAAACUCAUCUCCACAACACUGUCCUGUCAAAACUCAUCUCCACAACACUGUCCUGUCAAAACUCAUCUCCACAACACUGUCCUGUCAAAACUCAUCUCCACAACACUGUCCUGUCAAAACUCAUCUCCACAACACUGUCCUGUCAAAACUCAUCUCCACAACACUGUCCUGUCAAAACUCAUCUCCACAACACUGUCCUGUCAAAACUCAUCUCCACAACACUGUCCUGUCAAAACUCAUCUCCACAACACUGUCCUGUCAAAACUCAUCUCCACAACACUGUCCUGUCAAAACUCAUCUCCACAACACUGUCCUGUCAAAACUCAUCUCCACAACACUGUCCUGUCAAACUCAUCUCCACAACACUGUCCUGUCAAAACUCAUUUCCACAACACUGUCCUGUCAAAACUCAUCUCCACAACACUGUCCUGUCAAAACUCAUCUCCACAACACUGUCCUGUCAAAACUCAUCUCCACAACACUGUCCUGUCAAAACUCAUCUCCACAACACUGUCCUGUCAAAACUCAUCUCCACAACACUGUCCUGUCUAAACUCAUCUCCACAACACUGUCCUGUCAAAACUCAUCUCCACAACACUGUCCUGUCAAAACUCAUCUCCACAACACUGUCCUGUCAAAACUCAUCUCCACAACACUGUCCUGUCUAAACACUGCAGGUGAAAUCUGUAAUGACUCUCUGCACAUUGUGACUGAUCAUUGAACUUAAUUUGUAUUUUAUUUGACCAGUGCUUGAUUUGUGUUGUAUUUGAUGUGUGUAAGGAAUGAAGCUCAUGUCUGUGGGAUUGUAAAUCUGCACCAGAGGAGAAACACCCUAACUGCAGCCAGGCUUAUAAUGUGUUACCCUAACUGCAGCCAGGCUUAUAAUGUGUUACCCUAACUGCAGCCAGGCUUAUAAUGUGUUACCCUAACUGCAGCCAGGCUUAUAAUGUGUUACCCUAACUGCAGCCAGACUUAUAAUGUGUUUACCCUAACUGCAGCCAGGCUUAUAAUGUGUUACCCUAACUGCAGCCAGGCUUAUAAUGUGUUACCCUAACUGCAGCCAGGCUUAUAAUGUGUUACCCUAACUGCAGCCAGGCUUAUAACGUGUUACCCUAACUGCAGCCAGGCUUAUAAUGUGUUACCCUAACUGCAGCCAGGCUUAUAAUGUGUUACCCUAACUGCAGCCAGGCUUAUAAUGUGUUACCCUAACUGCAGCCAGACUUAUAACGUGUCAACCUAUACAGUAGGUCCUGGGUUAUGUAAUGUGUUAACCUAUACAAUAGGACCUGGGCUAUGUAAUGUGUUAACCUAUACAGUAGGACCUGGGCUAUGUAAUGUGUUAGCCCAGGUCCUACUGUAUAGGUUAUGUAAUGUGUUAGCCCAGGUCCUACUGUAUAGAUUAUGUGGGCUUUUCUCUUAGCUAUGAUCAGGAAAUAAGUAUAAUUGAUCAAUCCAGAUGUGAUUGAUGAGAAAUGUAGAACUUGAAUCUGUUUUUUAAACAGCGUAGAUUAUUAAGUGCUUUCUCUUUUUGGUUGUAAAAAUCACCAAAAUAAAUAAAGUCUGACUUGUUGUCGUUGAACGACCAGUUA